UUCUUUAAUGAACACGAAGAAGCUGCUUCCUCCUGCUGUAUGCUCAUGCCUGUAGUUGGGAGGUUGGUUUGAAAGCUGUCAGAGAUGAACAGUGAGAAUUUCAGCCUGAGUGAGAAGAUCGUGUCGACCUCUUACGUUCGACAGGGCAGUCAGGCGCGCCGCAGCCAUGAGCAGCUGAUCAGACUCUUGCUGGAGCAGGGAAAGUGUCCAGAGGAGGGAUGGAGUGAGAGCACCGUGGAGCUCUUCCUCAGCGAGCUGGCUGUGAUGGACAGUAAUAACUUCCUGGGAAACUGCGGGGUCGGAGAGAGGGAGGGCCGCGUGGCCUCCAGCCUCGUGGCCAGGAGACACUACAGGUUGAUCCAUGGCAUCGGUCGGUCAGGUGACAUCGCUGCCGUCCAGCCCAAAGCUGCAGGGUCCAGUCUGCUCAACAAGCUCACCAACUCCGUGGUGUUGGACAUCUUAAAGCUCUCAGGUGUCCGGAGUGUGGCCAGCUGCUUUGUAGUUCCCUUGGCAACAGGAAUGAGCUUGACUCUGUGCUUCCUGACCCUUCGCCACCGAAGACCCAAAGCUCGCUACAUCAUUUGGCCUCGCAUCGACCAGAAGUCCUGUUUCAAAGCCAUGAUCACAGCAGGAUUUGAACCGGUGGUGGUGGAGAACGUUCUGGAGGGCGAUGAGCUGCGGACAGACCUGGAAGCAGUUGAGCGCAAGAUCGAGGAGCUCGGAGCCGAGAACAUCCUGUGUGUUCAUUCAACUACUUCCUGCUUCGCCCCGCGGGUCCCCGACAGGCUGGAGGAGCUGUCCAUUCUGUGUGCCAAACAGAACAUUCCCCACAUUGUGAACAAUGCAUACGGAGUGCAAUCGUCUAAAUGCAUGCACCUCAUCCAACAGGGGGCUCGUGUCGGAAGAAUUGACGCCUUUGUGCAGAGCUUGGACAAGAACUUCAUGGUUCCAGUAGGUGGCGCCAUCAUCGCAGGCUUCGACGAGUCCUUCGUACAGGAGAUCAGCCAGAUGUACCCAGGUCGAGCGUCCGCCUCUCCUUCCCUGGACGUCCUCAUCACCCUCCUCACCCUGGGAGCCAGCGGCUACAAGAAGCUCCUGUCAGAGAGGAAGGAGAUUUAUUUGCUGCUGGCUCAGGAGCUGAAGAGUCUCGCCUCUGCACACGGGGAGAGGCUGCUGCACACCCCACAUAACCCCAUUUCCCUGGCCAUGUCUCUGGAUGGUCUCCAGGCGGAGAGCAACGGGGCGGUGACUCAGCUGGGCUCCAUGCUGUUCACCCGGCAAGUGUCAGGAGCCAGGGUAAUACCGCUGGGCAAGGAGCAGACCAUCAGCGGACACGUGUUCCGAGGCUUCAUGUCUCACUCCGAUGCUUACCCGUGUCCGUACCUUAACGCUGCCUCAGCUGUGGGCAUCACGCGGGAGGACGUGACCCUGUGCAUGAAAAGGCUGGAAAAGUGCCUGAAGACCCUGAAGAAAGAGAAAAAGGUGGCGAAAAGUAGCUCCCCCGUACUUCCACCGUGCCAGGAGGACACCACUGGAGAAUGACUAUAAUAAGAAAACUGAGUUCUUCUAACUGUGAGAUCUUCUUCUUCACCUCGUCUGAACUUUGUGUUUUGAAAGGCGGAUGGAUUAUCAAUCCAGAUAUUGUAAUGAGGUCAAAGACUGGAGCUCAGCAGCUGGUGUGGAAACUUCCUCCAGGUGUUCAUUGAAACAAAAGUGACUCGGGCUGAUGUCACUGAUUAAUUCCCUCCUCUGUGAACGUGUCAUAAUUAGUAUAUAUUUUAAGGACGCUAAAUGCAUACAAAUGCUUCUCAGGAGCUUGUGGUUGUUUGUGAACACUUGCAUUUUCUGUUUAUGUUGAAAUUUUUUUUAAUUUCUAAUGGCAUUUGGACUCAAAAUAGCUUGAAGAUGAACAAGGGGCUUUACUUUGUGUGUCAUUUCUCUUAAUUAAAACCGUCCCAAGUCUCCCCAGUGCAAUGGAAUGUAAUUACCCGUGGUUCCUCUCUGCUAAUGUUAGCAGACACAGGCAUGCUUUAUGUGCCUUCUGCCUUUGGAAAUGCAUUAGGCCUUUCCAACUAUUGACAUAUGAAACAAAAUCGCUUGAUAAUGCAGUAUGUUGCAGCAUGUCUUCUGCAGUGUGAUGUAAUGUGAUAUAAAAACCGUCGAGCCAUUA